UUUUAUUCACAGUUUUCUCCCACAUGACACAUGUAUGCGUGCGUAUUUGUUCGCUUGUACACUACUUUAUUUUGUAAAUUGUAAUGGCUUCCAAGGUUCAGCCUAAGCGUGGUGUCAAUACGAAACCCCACAGCCGAAAUGCCGUCAACCAAAGACAAAAUACUAAACCGAAGAAUCGACAAACUAAAGUUAAUUUGAUUUUUGAUGAAAAAGCCAGAAAGGAGUACCUAACAGGAUUUAGGAAGAGAAAAGCUGAGAGAAGGAAGAAAUUUAAUGAGAACCUUAAAAAAGAAAUCAAGUCUGAAAGGAAGAGGCUUCAAACUGAACUCCGUGAGGAUAUUAAAAAGUCAGCUUCCAGCAGGCGUAUUCCUGAGCUACAACACCUUGUUGAUGAUGUAGCUCAUGUAUAUGAGCUCCCAGAACAUACUGUCAAAAUUGAGCCUAUUCUGGAUUCUCAAAUCAGAAGUGAAAAUCUGUUUCUUGGAAAAAAUGAAGCAUCUAAUGCAGCAUCAGAUGAAGAAAACAACAGAGAGCCUUUGGUUGAUAAAAAAAAGAAAACCAAGGAUUUGAAUCGACAGAUGAACAAGAAACUAUUGAAAACUAAGGCAUUUAAACGGCAAACACAAAUGGUCAGAGACAAGUCUAGAAAGAAGGGAAAGCAUUUAAGGAAGACAAAAUAAACAGAUUGCCAUACAUCUAAUAAUAGAUUGUAUAAAGCUACCAAGUGUUUUAAACAAAUCUUUAAACUUUGAAAAAAACGUGUGUAUAAAUUUAGCUGGGACGCACCCGUCGAAAAAUAUUUAUAUUUUCCUAUUUGGAUUUAUUUCCUUGCUUAUAUAUUCUGUACAUUGCCCUUAUGGAAAUUAACAAUUCUUAAUCAAAAAUCCUAGCAUAUAUUUUUAAAUUUUGGAAUUUGCUUAUUUAUACUUCAUUUUUUAAUUAUUCAACACGGAGACCUAAUUAUGUUUUCAAGUAUCUAUUAUUCCGUAACAGCAUAACAGAGAUUUGAGAGAGUCCCAAAGGCCAAACGUCUUUUACAUAUAGCUGAAAAAAUAGGCACGCUUAAAUUUUGUCAAUUAUAUUACUAAAUCAAUCGUUCAUUCAACGUAAUAUGAUCUAUUCCGAAUGGGUCCCCGUUCCCCGAUUUAAAAAUAUUGGUUAUUAUUAUUUUUAGAUCGCUUUUCAAGAUUGUGCUAGUACGCAGGAUUUAUUCUUCUUCAGUCACCACGGGUUCUGCAACCAGUAUACCUUGUAUAUGUUUAUUUUAUUUUCUUUAUGCAGAGGAGGCUUUCUAGAUACAGUUCUCCCGAUAAGGUUUACGUAAUUAGGAAAAAGUUGUUUUAAUACUUUUCAUAUCACAGAAUUUGUUGUGGUGAAAACUUGUUGCUCCUUAGGCCAAAAUAUUCUGUUUUUUCACAAUUUAUGUGAUUUCAAAAUAGUCUAAUCACCUGCAUGUUUUCAAAUAGCACAAUUUCUUACCAGAAGUAAAAUUAAAAUUUUUGUUGCAGUACCAAACGAAAUCCUUCAUGAACUGUGUGUAUUGUGAUAGCGGGUAAGCUUUGUUGGUUGUCUUUUAGAAGCACGUUUCAUCAGUUCUUUUAACAAAUCUUCAGUCCAGAGAUUGAAGCCAAAAGAUUACACAGAAGAGAGAUAUUGCGUAGAAGAUAGGUCUGAACAAUUGAAAAUCCCAAUUUAUUAUAAUUCCCUCAUCCCUUCCGUAUCUUAUGUAACCAAACAGUGUUAAAAAUAAUAUGUUGACAAA